AUGGCUGAGGUUCCAGGAUGUUCCCUUCCUACUUCUACUGAGGAUCUUAGUCCUGAGGAGGUGGCUCUGCAAAAUGAAAUUGCCUCGUUAAAAGCCCAGUUGGAAGCUGCACGAAAGGAGGUCGCUGAUACGGAUUUUUACACAAUGACAAAGGAGGUCGUUGAGUUGGGGCGAUUGAAAUUCAAAUUCCGCAAGACGCUUCGAGGCCACAUAGCGAAAGUUGCUUCAGUUAGAUGGGCUUCUGAUAGCCAGCUAAUCCUAUCUGCAGGGCAAGACGGAAAACUCAUCGUAUGGGAUGGUCAUACCGCGAACAAAGUGCGGAUGAUUCCUCUUAAAACUGCCUGGGUGUUAGGCUGUGCCAUCUCACCCAGUAUGCAUCAAGUUGUGAGUGGUGGACUGGAUAACCUCAUAUCGGUUUUCAGCUUGAGUUCUCCCGAAGGUACUCCAGCACAACUCAUUCAGGAACUUGCUGGUCACAGUGGAUAUAUUUCUAGUUUGGAUUAUAUUGAUGAAACAAAACUGCUGAGUGCAUCCGGUGAUAAAACUCUUGGGCUAUGGGACAUGGAGAAGGGGGAGCUAGUCUCUACAUUCUCCGGGCACACAAACGACGUGAAUAGUGUACGAGUGUGUCGUACAAACAAGAAUCUCGCCGUGUCUGUUUCUUCCGACUACACCUGUCGCACAUGGGACAUUAGGAAUGCAAAAUGCACCCAGCUUUUUGAGGGCCAUGAGCAAGAUGUCAAUGGUGUUGACAUAUUCCCCAGCGGUCAGGCGUUUGCGACGUCAUCAGACGAUACUUCGUGUCGUUUGUGGGACAUUCGCUCCGAUCAGGCUGUUGCUGCAUACGUAGACGAGUUUAUCCAAUGUGGUAGCACUUGCGUGGCCCUCUCCCGUUCCGGUCGUGUUCUGAUAGCUGGUUACGACGACUUCAACUGUCACGUGUGGGAUGUGCUCAGGGAAGAGCGUGUCGGUAUCAUGUCAGCACAUGACGCUCGUGUCUCCUCUCUCGCUGUGAACGAGAUGGGAAAUGCAAUCGUUACGGGCUCCUGGGAUUCACUGUGCUAUGUUUGGACAGCCAAAUGA